CAGAGAGUGAUCACCUACGCCAUGUGGAGAAAGAUGUACUUAUUCCCAAAAUGGUGAGGGAGAAGGCCAAGGAACUUUGUUCAGACAGCGUGCAAGCCUUCACAAAGUGUUGCAAGGAAAGUGGCCUUCUCAUGGUCAUAAAAUGCAGAGAAGAAAAUGCAGCACUUAAGGAAUGUCUGACUGGCCACUAUAAAGAUCCUACAUUGCUUGAAGAAUGCAAACAGGAAUAUUUGAUGGAAAGGGAAGAAUUUCGACGUACUGGCAUUGCUUCUAAGAAAAGACAACAGAAAGUGCCUAGUAGCAUGUAGCUAAAGAAGGGAAUCACCACUUCAAUGCAGAAUGAAAAGCAAUGUGGAGUCAUUUCAAGAAUUGACAGAUACAUACACACAAUCUGUUAAUCAUGAUGCAAAGAGUGAUUCAUAAUGUCUGGAAUAUAUAUCUUUGUGUACAAUAUAUAAUUGAACCUAUUGAAUUUACUGGAUACUGAUGUGUUUUCAGAUUUUGUUGAGUGCUGCCAAAUUUCCGCAGUUCUGAUGAACAUCUUGCAUUUGUUCUGCUUUUUUGUGGGUGCUCUCAGCAAGAUUGUGAUCAUGUGAGUUGCAUUCGUCCUUCGGGGAACAGCAGAUUUGUGUCUGCAAAUGCUGCAAAACAUUAUUCAGAACUAAAUACAUUACACUGAACUAUGAUGGUGGCUGUAAAUGAUUGUACUUUUUAUUAAAUUUGUUUAUCUAUU